GCUUUGGGUCUCACUAUCGGUCCCUUGGCUUCUUCACCCAAUCCAAUCCAACCCAACACUAGUUAAUGACAUAAUUGAACAUUAAUUUUUGAAUCCAAAAAUUGCUAACUGUUGAUUGAAUGGAACUCUGACCGCACAACCCUAAUAAUAAUAAUAAAAAUAUCCAAUUUCGACAAACUAAUACUAUUCGAAUCCUAACUUUUUUAUAGGCUCUCUUUCUCAGUCGACUCCAAUCCUCAUCUUCCGGAGCAACCUUUACCAUGUCCGGCCCGCUUGAUAGAUUCGCUCUCCCUUGCUUUGAUGGUUCUGGGCAUGAUGAAAGGAAGGAAAGGAAAUCAGAUUUUGAAAUUUCGGAAGAUGACAAGAGGACGAGAAUUGGGAGCCUUAAAAAGAAAGCAAUUAAUGCGUCUAGUAAAUUUAGACAUUCUCUUAAGAGAAAGAGAAGGAAAAGUGGGAGUGGGAGUGGGAUCAGGACUAAUUCUCUUUCCAUCGAGGAUGUUCGUGAUUUCGAAGAGUUGCAGGCUGUGGACGCAUUUCGACAAGCACUCAUCUUGGAGGAGUUGCUACCUCCAAGAUACGAUGAAUAUCAUAUGUUGUUGAGGUGCCUUUUUUUCUUCAUUUCCACACAUACAAUUGUUUCAAUUGUGCUGCUGCUUUCUGUGAUUUCAUUCUCCUGUUGUUUUCAUUGCAGAUUCUUGAAAGCAAGGAAGUUUGAUAUCGAUAAAGCCAAACUAAUGUGGACCAACAUGAUCCAUUGGAGGAAGGACUUUGGCACGGACACAAUUUUGGAGGACUUUGAGUUCAAUGAGCGGAAUGAAGUUAUGAACUACUACCCUCAGGGUUAUCAUGGUGUGGACAAAGAAGGAAGACCUGUUUACAUUGAAAGAUUGGGAAAAGUUGAUGCCAACAAGCUUAUGUCGGUGACUACUAUGGAUAGGUAUAUAAGAUACCAUGUGCAGGAGUUUGAAAAGAGUUUUGCCAUUAAGUUUCCAGCAUGUUCUGUUGCCGCUAAGAGACACAUAGAUUCAAGUACAACAAUAUUGGAUGUUCACGGCGUAGGUUUUAAAAACCUAACCAAGUCAGCACGAGAGCUCAUCACGCGCUUGCAGAAAAUUGAUAAUGACAACUACCCUGAGACGCUUUGCCGGAUGUUUAUAAUUAAUGCUGGUCCCGGUUUUAAGCUGCUAUGGAGUACAGUUAAAACGUUUCUUGACCCAAAAACAACUACCAAGAUUCAUGUUCUUGGUAAUAAGUACCAGAGCAAAUUGCUUGAAAUAGUUGAUGCAAGUGAGUUGCCAGAGUUUCUGGGAGGAACCUGUAACUGUGCUGAUCAAGGGGGUUGUAUGAGGUCUGAUAAGGGACCAUGGAAUGAUCCUAGUAUAUUAAAGGUGGUAAUCAGUGGUGAAGCACAGUGUUUUAGACAGAUAGUAACCGUUUCAAACAGUGAGGGGAGAGUGGUUUCUUGUGAUAAGUCUCGAAUUUCAAUGAUACGAAGUAGUGAUACAUCUGCUGCAGAGUCAGGAUCUGAAGUGGAAGAAAUGGCGUCGCCUAAAUUAAAUAAAAACUAUUUACAACCUAAGCUGACUCCUGUAUGUGAAGAAGCUAGAGUCACUGCUAAGGCAAGCAACACUGGUGAAAUCUCCGAGUAUGAUGAAUAUGUUCCCAUGGUUGAUAAGGCUGUCAUUGGCUGGGAAAAACGCAAUUCCCAUCAAAAUCCUUCUGUUUCGGGAGGGCCACCUUCUGUUUCAAGUGUAGAAGAAGCUACAAAAGGAUUCUUUGCUCAGUAUUGGGCUGUGCUCUUGACCAUCUUUGUUACUCUCAUUACUCUCAUCCGAUCAGUUGCAUGCCGGGUUACUAAUAAAUUUCACUACCCUCUUUCUGUUUCUGGCAACAACGUUUCUGAGAUGACUGCUGAAUCAGUUCCAGAGGAGUUCCGGCCCCCUUCACCGGCUCCAGGGUUUACAAAGGCAGACCUUCUUUCGUGUGCUUUGAAAAAGCUAGGUGAGCUUGAAGAAAAGGUGAAUAUGCUACAAGCAAAGCCAUUUGAAAUGCCUUGUGAGAAAGAAGAGCUGCUCAAUGCUGCUGUUUAUCGUGUGGAUGCUUUAGAAGCAGAGUUGAUUGCUACAAAAAAGGCUUUACAUGACGCUCUAAUGAAGCAGGAUGAACUACUUGAAUAUAUAGAUAAACGAGAACAGGCAAAACUUCGGAAAAAGAAGUGGUGCUGGUAAAGAGUAUUGGUGUACAGCAUUAGAAGAAAUCUUAUGGUAAAUAUACUGAUGGUUUUUGGUACACGAUAUGCUUGUAUAUUUCAGAUGCGUGCGUAUAUAGUGAAUUGAAGAGAUGUUGUCCUUCUCCUCCUAAAUAAAGGCUCCUGCCCUUUCCUCCUACUUUGCAAGCAAUGGAAUGGAAUUAUGCUAGCAAGGGGCACGAAACUUCGUUGCUCUCAUUUUUCUGAAUCUCCAUAAAGGCUCUGUAAUAUUUUUUAUCGGUAAUUAGAAAAAGAUAAUAUUUAUGGAUGUGAAUCUUUAUAUAUUAUAAAUGUGAAUGUUAGUUUAACGGA